GGCAAAUUUAAACACUUCAGUUGUCCCAGCACAACAAACCUGAAUGACGAUGAUUUUUUCUAAAGCAGGAUUUCAAAAACAAAACUACUUCUUCACAAAAACAUCUCAGGAAAGCUGGCUGCCCCUACGAAGAUGUUUUAAAAGGUUGGACCUCAAAAUAUUUUCAGCCUCUGCAAGGGGCACUAAGCUCUAUGGAUCUUUUGUUUUUACUCAUAUCUGACUGAGAAAAAUGGUGACGCUUCUGAAGACAUAGAGUCCAUCGGGAGGGCUUCGUAGCCAUGGAAUGAAAAUCUCUGGCAGUGGCAGCCUUUUGGAGACAUUGCACCUGCUGACUGUCCCAUUGCCCCUUGGCACCAUCCCUGAUCUUCUCUUCACCUCCAAGUGAAUAAAAAGCACAUUGUACAAGUUUCUCAAAAGAGAGAAUAAGUUACUUACAAGGGGAAGAGAAUGAUUUUGACAUCAGAGUUUUUAUCUGAAACACUGGAAGCUACAAGAUAUUGGGAAACAUUCAAAGAAUAUCAAUGGGAAAGGACUGAUUCCUUUGGUUUUCCAACCAAGGACGUCAAAGACUCAAAAGGCAUGAAACGAAACUAACGGCAACUCACUAAACAUGGACUCCCAUCUGCAGGAGAAAACGGUUGUGGAUGUUGGGACAUGGGAGCAGACAUUUCAAGAACUGAUGCAGCAGGUGAAACCCCGGGCCAGAUGGUCCCUGAAGUUGGAUAAGAAUCUUCAGCCAGACUGUGUGGCCCAAGGGUGGAAGCAAUACCAGCAAAAAGCAUUUGGCAGUUUCCGGUGUUCCUCAUGCAAGCGAAAUUGGGCUUCUGCCCAAGUGCAGAUCCUAUGUCACAUGCACCUGGAGACCCGGAAGUCCCAGGGCCAGGUGCUUAUGCGAAUCUUUGCCCAGAGGUGCCGGAAGUGUUCCCGAUCUCGAUUUGAGAAGGCUGAGUUCUCCCCAGAGAGUACCAUGAGGAUUUUGAACAACCUGGUGUGGCGUAUUCGGGAGAAAUACUAUGAAAACAGCAGGAAGUUUCGUGAGAUGCCAGUGAUUUUGGAGAUACCUUUGGAAGGGUCCCAUGACAUGGGCAAUUGUGAGGCAUGCAUUCUGGGCCUCUGUAUAAAGCGCUUACAAAACUGCAUGACAGAACCAUCCAAAUCCCCUCUCUCCUACAUGGAGAUUGGGAGCCUCUCGCCUCAUGUUGGUGACAUGUUCAGCCAAAACCAAACCAGAAAACUGUCAGCUGAGGCAAAGGAGACUCAGGGGAGGGAGUAUUCUUGUGGGCAUAACAGGUCAGGGCCCUGCUAUGCCACAGCUGGAACCCAAGUGACUACGGCAUUUUCUCAGCCCAAACGGGAGAUAGGCCGAAAACCCACACCAGGGGCAGACCAGCAGGGAACAGGGUCACAGCCAAUCCAAGUAGCAAGAUCACUUCCCCCAGGGUGGACAGACCUACAGCCCACACAAGCAGUAGGCCCAUUACCUUCAGGGUGGGUAGAUUCACAAUCCCCCCUAAGGACAGGACCACAGGUCCCCCGGAGGAAAUACUCUCAGGUUCUAAGGUGGGCAGGCCAAAUGUCAACACAGGAAGCAUGUUCACAAGCCACACAAGGGACAGACCAACGGUCAACAAAGGGGACAUCCUCACAAGCCACACAAUGGACAGGCCAACAGUCAACAAAGGUGACAUCCUCACAAGCCACACAAGGGACAGGCCAACGGUCAACAGAGGUGACAUCCUCACAAACCACACAAGGGACAGGCCAACGGUCAACAAAGGUGACAUCCUCACAAGCCACACAAGGGACAGGCCAACGGUCAACAAAGGUGACAUCCUCACAAACCACACAAGGGACAGGCCAACGGUCAACAAAGGGGACAUCCUCACAAGCUACACAAUGGACAGGCCAACGGUCAACAAAGGAGACAUCCUCACAAGCCACACAAGGGACAGGCCAACAGUCAACAAAGGGGACAUCCUCACAAACCACACAAGGGACAGGCCAACGGUCAACAGAGGUGACAUCCUCACAAGCCACACAAGGGACAGGCCAACGGUCAACAAAGGUGACAUCCUCACAAGCCACACAAGGGACAGGCCAACAGUCAACAAAGGUGACAUCCUCACAAACCACACAAGGGACAGGCCAAUGGUCAACAAAGGUGACAUCCUCACAAGCCACACAAGGGACAAGCCAACAGUUGACACAAGGGACAGGCCAGUGGUUGACAAAGGAGACAUGCUCACAAGCCACACAGGAGUCAGGCCAACAGUCAACAAAUGUGACAUCCUCACUAGCCACACAAGGAACAAGCCAACCGUUGACAAAGGGGACAUCCUCAAAAGCCACACAAGGGACAGGCCAGUGGUUGACAAAGGAGACAUGUUCACAAGCCACAAAGGAGUCAGGCCAGUGGUCAACAAAGGGGACAUCCUCAGAAGCCUCACAAGGUCGUCGUCAGGCCACAAGGGGGACAGAUCUACAGUUCACAGGGAGGGCAGACCGCGAAGCUACACAUGGAUCUGGGACCUUCAAUGGAACUCAAGCUGCCUGGAGAAGGCAGGAGAGAUAUCUACCCAGAGGGCUUGAUCCAGACUAUUACAGACCCCCUACCGUAAUGCCACAGGAUAACUUGGUUAUGUGGGGCUUUGCCUGUGUUGCUGCUCUGUGGGCCUUUGUUGUAUCCCGAUACCUUAGGUAGAAUGAUAAAAAUAGCCUUGUCCUUCUCUGUCCUCUUGUUUUAAUUUCACAGUAAUCAAUGAACUAGCUGCCUUUUUAAUACAACAGAAUUUCCUUUCAGACCAAGCAGAGUCAAGUUUAUAGAAUAGGCAUUGGUUUCCUGAACCUCCUUUGCAGAUAGUCUAAAACAUGGCCUAGCAGAUAAUAAACCCAAUAAUAAAUAUUUG